AUGUUUUUCCUGUUUGCGUUUCUGGCACUCGUAGCUCCCAUUCCCGGUGCGAGUACUCCAACACCACCAAUUCCGAGUGAUAGCACUCUUUCAAGUUCGAUGGCGCAGAGAGAUUCAGAGUUGCCUGACAACUCAACACUACCAAUUCAGAGCAACACGAGUCCUUCAUCUCCAGCUCAUCCAACUCAGCCUGGACACGAAAGCAAUCCUAUUCCUCAACCGUAUCUGAGACGCCCAGUUCACCCAUCUCCCGUGGUUCAGAGUCAACACUACAUGAGUCCUUCUUCUUCAGCCCACCCGACGCACCCAGGACAGCACGAGAACAUGAUUCCUCCACCGUAUUUGGGACAUCCAUUUACCCCAUCUCCAGUGACUCAACUUCAAAACAAUGCCAGCUCUUCCUCUUCGUCUCACCCAGCCCAGCCAGGACAGAACGACGACAGGAUUCCUUCACGAUAUUUCAGAAACCCAUUUUCCACAUCUUCAGAGAGCCAAAGCAACUCGAGCCCCUUGAUCCCUGUGUUCCAGCGACCUUCUCAGUCGACGUCCGCUAGAGUUCCAUGGUAUCACGGUAACGCAUUCUACGCGGCGGAACGUGCCUCGCAUGGUAUACCCCCAAAUGAAUUCCACUUGAUGGACAUCUAA